AUGAAUUUUAAUCAGCAAAAUUUAGUAAAUGACAGGAGUGCUACUGAAAAUCACACAGAUUCUUCUCAGGACUCCCUUGAUACCAAGGAAAUAAAAUCCGCCGAAACAGAAGAAAAUAAUGUAGAUGCAGAUGCUCCAGCUGAAAAAUCAAAGGAGGAGAGCACCGAGGGAGAAUCGGAUCAUAAACCAGAUAAAAUUGAUAAAAAGAAAGAUGUAAAUGAUACAUCUGAUGAAGAAACUGUUGAGGAUAAAACAAUUCAGGAAAAUAAUGUAGAACCUGUCAAUGAGGAAGAAGAAAAAUCAGAAGAUCCGAAAAUAGAGACCAAAUCGUCUGAACCAAAUGAUAAGGCAGAUGUUGAAAAAGAAGAGGAUGAAAAAGUUAGUGCUGCGAGUGAAAAAACAGAAGAGGAAGAAGAAGAUGUUAUUGAUGAAGACGAUGAAGGUUCUGAUAAAGAUGAAAAGAGUAGUAAUGGUAAGAAAGCAGUACCACUGUUAGAUCAGCCAUUGGAAACAUCAGGAAAAAGAGAAAGAAAAAAUGUCCAGCGGUUUGAAGAAGAUUUUAAAGCUAAUGAUAAAGAUUCAGGUAAAUUAGAAAUAGACGAGGGAUCUGGUACCGCUCUUGGUGAGAUACCUAGAAUUGAAGCAUCUAUAGUGCGUUUUAAAAAUGAAGAUCUGAAGAUUCUUCACAGAAUCCUGUUUAAAACUGAAGGGAAGACUAGCUUACUGAAGAAAAACAUAAAAAAAUUUAAUGGUUUUGUUUUUAAAAAGGACUCUGAUGACUACAAGAAAAAAGUUGAUGCAUGUAAAAAAUUAGAGGUAAAAUCUUUGAAGAGUUUAUGUGAGAUGUUGGAUUUGGAAAAGAAGGGGAACAAAGACGAUAUAACAGAAAGGAUACUAGACUUUUUACUGGAACCGAAGGAUUCUGGUAAACCUGUCGGUGGUGGAAGGCCAAAAAGAGCUUCAGCAGUUAGGGCCAAUAACAGAGGGUAUUCGUCGCAUGAUGACUAUUCCAGUGAUGAGAGACAUGCUUCUCGAGCUAGAAGAGAUAAAGGAAAGCGGGCAAAUCUGAAAGACGAAACAUCUAGCGACGAAGAGUUCAAGCCAGACGACGCUUCGGAUGGCAGCGACGAGAAACCGCGCAACGUGGCUAAAAGAAAAAGGGGCCGCGCCAAAAAAGGCUCUUCUGAGGAAGACGAAGCCAGUUUGACUGAAGGAACAUCUGACGAAAGCGACGAUGAACCCAAAACUAAGAGACGAAAGUCCAUAACAAAGGUUAAUAGCAAAGCUAAAGCAGGUAGGGGCAGAGGUAGAGGCAGGCCAGCAAAAUCAGCAACAUCCACGCCAGCACGAAGAGGCAGGGGCCGCAAACCCAAAAACGUAUCCGAAUCUGAAGAAGAGGAAGAUGAAAAAAUGGAAGAAGAGAGUUCUUCAGAAGACGAACCAUUAGUAAAGAAGAAGGCUAAGAGCUCCGAACCUCCUACAGAUGAUGAAAUUAAAACCUUCAUAAAGAGUAUUUUGGAAGGCGCCAAUCUGGAAGAAAUAACGAUGAAGACUGUUUGUCAGAGAGUGUAUGAUAAUUAUCCCAACUUUGACUUAACCGCUAGAAAAAAGUUUAUCAAAGCAACAGUCAAAUCUUUAAUAUCAACGUGAGCUACUGGAUUUACAGCAUUUUCAGUACCGUUGUUCGUCAUCUUUGCUGUAUGUUUGAGUACAAAAUCCGAUUUUUCAUUUCACUGUUUUACCGGAUUUGCAACAAAUAUCCUAUAUAAUAGUAAUUUAACGUUAUAAUAUGUUUAAUUUAUGUAGGGACUACUCUAGAUGGUACUAAACAUUGUCCCAAAUUAAAAAAAAAUCAAUCUUGAAAUCUAGCACACUCUUAUUGUAUUUUGUUGAUGAAUAUCAUAGAUAUAAAAGUAGUUUAUAUUAUUUGUUUUUAUAUUUGCGAGUUUAAAUUUUUCUUUUACCUUAAUUAUAAUAUUCACUUAGUUUGUUGGGUAAACACUGAAUUGAUAUAUUUUACGCUGAAUUAUAUAUCAAUUAAGUUGCCCAUAAUAUAAAAUAAAUGUAUAGUGUAUAUUGUGUUAGAUUUUAAAGAUAAUUUAUCAAAAUAUCUAGUUUUCUUUGCUGUGUAUAUUUUUGAUAAGAAUCUGACUCACAAAUAAAAUCUGAUAGAUCUAUUUUAAUAUUUCGGAUACUAAAAUGAUGUAUUUUCUUUAAUAUCUUUCUUAUUUAAACAAAAAUAUCAGUUUACUUAAAAAUAGAGCUUUGAUGUCUCAAUCUUUAUGCGCUAUAGUCUUAGACUCACUGUAAUUCAAUUGUAUUAGUUUUAAAAUACAACUUUUAUUAU